AACAGAAAAAGAAAUUUGAUGAAUUUUAAUGAAUCUUAAAGAAUCUUAAUAAAUUUUAAUAAAUUGUAAUAAAUUUUAAUAAAUCUUAAUAACUUUUAAUGAAAAGGGUCAAUUGAGAGAGAUUUUUAGUAAAAUAUUUUAGUAAUAUAUUUCCAUUAUCUUGGAUGUUUUGUUUUAGAAUGCGCUCCAAUCCAAAAGCAAUAGGUCUGUUUUUUAGUUGAACUUCUUGCACGAUUCAGCAGUCUUCUUUUUCUGUUCAUUGGAGAGAUAAAGAAAAAAGUUCAACUGUGCAACAAGUUCAAUUAAAAAUAAGAGAGCGUUCCCACCGAGCGCGUAACACGUCGCAUCGUUUUUCGUGUCCAAUCAAAACGUCUCAUUUUAUUAUGAUAAAAUAUAAUACAUGUUUUGAAUGAACGCGAAGGACGACGCGACGCAUGACGCGCUCGGUAGGAACGCUUCCUAACGGAUCUAGCACGCUGCCGCGGCACGCGCAGGCGCACGGCUGUAACAUUGGCGUGUCGCGUGCGUGCCACGUGCGACGAAUGCGACGAUCAGUGUUAACUGUGAACCGAGUGUAGUAAGACGUGCAUGUUUAUGAGCAGUGUAAGAAUAAAAAACAAACCUUGGACUUCGUUCUGGGCAGUCGACGUGAUCCGACUCCUCUCUCCUAAUAUACAUUACUAUAAUUCAAUAUCGUUUAAUCAUCGAGUGAAGACAUAAUCGUCUACAAAUACUUGGCAUUCUUCGGCGCCAGUACGUAUUUCUGAAUAAGUCAAAGAUUCCUCAUUAUCAGAAACUUGUGGGGUUAUUCCGGCACCUGGUAAAGAGAGAUAGGCGUUACAAUUUCGCCCGUCACGGUACAGCCAUAUUAGAGGAGUUUGCUGUGUGCUUAUUGCGUAGUUACUUGUAACAAUAUCGAAGAAAAUCCUAAUUGAAUCGCGCCCAUAUAACCUGAGAGUUACUUGUAUACCACGAGGAUCGCUAUUCAAUAAACUGUUGGCCUAUGAAAAGAGAUUAUUUUCAACAAUACCAAAGAAAAUUCCAAUUGAGUUGCCCAUAUAACCAAAGAGUUACUUGUAUACCACGAGGAUCGCUAUUCAAUAAACUGUUGGCCUAUGAAAAGAGAUUAUUUUCAACAAUACCAAAGAAAAUUCCAAUUGAGUUGCCCAUAUAAACAAAGAGUUACUUGUAUACCACGAGGAUCGCUAUUCAAUAAACUGUUGGCCUAUGAAAAGAGAUUAUUUUCAACAAUACCAAAGAAAACUCCAAUUGAGUUGCCCAUAUAACCAAAGAGUUACAUGUAUACCACGAGGAUCGCUAUUCAAUAAACUGUUGGCCUAUGAAAAGAGAUUAUUUUCAACAAUACCAAAGAAAAUUCCAAUUGAGUUGCCCAUAUAACCAAAGAGUUACUUGUAUACCACGAGGAUCGCUAUUCAAUAAACUGUUGGCCUAUGAAAAGAGAUUAUUUUCAACAAUACCAAAGAAAAUUCCAAUUGAGUUGCCCAUAUAACCAAAGAGUUACUUGUAUACCACGAGGAUCGCUAUUCAAUAAACUGUUGGCCUAUGAAAAGAGAUUAUUUUCAACAAUACCAAAGAAAAUUCCAAUUGAGUUGCCCAUAUAACCAAAGAGUUACUUGUAUACCACGAGGAUCGCUAUUCAAUAAACUGUUGGCCUAUGAAAAGAGAUUAUUUUCAACAAUACCAAAGAAAAUUCCAAUUGAGUUGCCCAUAUAACAAAGGAGAAUUGUAAAAUGUGGAAAAGCGUUUCGAAUAUUUCCGAGCGACACAUCCGUAGACUUGCGAAACAAGAUGCUAACGCAAUAGUGGAUUCAUUUUUUGAAUCUUCUCCACGGGAUGUAUCACAAACUAGGUCUAUUGCAACAAACAAUGAGAGACUAAAAGUACGCGUGCAAAAACUACCUGAUAUGGAGGUAGAUGAUCGUCAGGAGAUAGAUGGGAUUGAAGUGCAUCAAAAUGCUCAAGAAAUUGAAGGGGAAGCAGAGGAGGAAGCAAAGCAGGAUUUUCAAGAGGAAGAAUGGGAGCAAGAAAGGAUAGCGGUUGAUGACAAUCAGGAAAUAAAUACAGAAAACGAUGAAAGUGCGCAAAAUACAACAGAUGAGUCUGAAAGUGAUAACAAUAUUCUUGAAGAAGAUAAUUUGAAAGAAUUUCUUUCUAAUUGGUCCGUUCAGUAUAACAUACCACACGUAGCGUUGCGACCAUUGCUGCAAAAAUUGAAACAAUACCCUGUUCACACAAAUCUGCCUUUGGAUCCGCGGUCAUUAUUAAGUACGCCGAGAAAUAUAGAAACAAGAAUUGUUCUUCCUGGAGAAUAUUGCCAUGUGGGCCUGUCAAAGGGAGUCGAAUCCAUUAUAAAGCGUAUGUCGACUGUUCCGGAAGACGUGAUCAAAAUAUCAAUCAAUAUCGACGGUCUACCAUUAUCAAAAUCAUCGUCAAAACAGUUAUGGCCCAUAUUGGGAUCAGUAAAGCCAUACAAAAAUGUAUUUGUAAUUGGUAUGUACUGUGGGGAUAAAAAACCUACGAAUGUCAACGAUUUUUUACAAGAUUUCGUGACUGAAGCGAAACAGUUAUGCUCGGAAGGAAUACUUGUGAACGGUAUUCGUAUGCAAUGUGCCAUCGACUCCUUAAUUUGUGACAUGCCCGCCAAGUCAUUUGUAUUAUGCACAAAAGGACAUUCGGGAUAUUCCAGUUGUCCUACUUGCACUGUCGAAGGCGAUUUAAUCAACAGAAGGAUGUGUUUUCCACAAAUCCAUGCGCUUGCAAGAACCGAUGACGAUUUUCGAAAUAAAACCGACGAAGAAUAUCAUAACCGAGGGAUUACUAGUUGUUUAGUAGAAAUUCCAGGUUUUGGUCCAGUCACGAAUGUUCCGAUUGAUCCCAUGCAUUUACUGGAUUUAGGUAUCAUGCGUAGAAUGCUAAAUCUGUUAUUAGAUGGUGACUUAAAAUAUCGGCUUCCGGAUAUAGAAGUAGAGCGGAUAUCUUCUCGAUUAAUAAAUGAGAUUGAACCGUACAUUCCAAUUGAUUUUGUAAGAAAACCAAGAUCGCUAAAAUUUAUAAAGUUGUGGAAAGCCACUGAAUUUAGACAAUUUCUUCUAUACACGGGGCCAGUAGUAUUACGAUCAUUGCGCAGCGAUAUCUAUAACCAUUUUUUGACUUUGCAUGUGGCAGUAAGGAUAAUGAGCAACGCAAAAUACCACGAAUUAUUGGAUUAUGCACAAGAACUCGUAGAACAUUUUAUUUUAUCAUUUGAAUUACUGUACGGAGCUCAUAAUAUUUCAGCAAACGUUCACCAAGCUGUGCACCUCAUUUUCUUUGUAAAGAAAUAUGGCCCUAUUCAGCAUUUAGUGCGUAUAUAUACGAAAACCACAUGCAAACGUUUAAAAGAAUGCUGAGGAAGCCAAAUCAAUCACUGCAGCAAAUCAUACGAAGAUGUGCUGAAA